GCCUACAGGUGCGCGUCACACAACAGGUGCGUUCGUGAUGUCACAACCCUAGUGACUGGAGCUCGAGGGAGAAAGAUUUUUCAACGCAAGUUUGCUUUUUAUGUGCAUUAAGUGUAGGUAACACCUCUUUAAAACGUUGUUUUAUACUUUUGUUUUUAUUAUUUAACUUCGACUUGAUUUACCUGGCCUUUUAGACGAUUAUAAACUAGUAGAGGUGGAGGAAAGGAUAGAAAAUGGGUAAAAACCAGAAGGAAGAGAACUCGGAGUCGUCGGAAUAUGGGGAACCUGCUCAGUAUGACCCCACCUUCAAUGGACCCAUUCAUAAAAGAGGCUGCACUGACAUCAUCUGCUGUGUUCUCUUCAUUGUCGUCAUCCUUGGAUACAUGGCGGUGGGGAUUUUGGCCUGGCUUUAUGGUGAUCCCCGACAUGUCCUCUACCCACGGAACUCUACCGGAAUGUUCUGUGGCAUCGGGCUCAAUAAAGCUCAACCCAGUGUGUUCUACUUUGACAUACUGAAAUGUGUCACAUCAAUCAACAUCAUGGCUGCCACCCUUAAUGGGUUACAGUGCCCCACCACACAGGUGUGUGUGGAAAAGUGCCCAGAUGUGUUCUGGGCUCUCAAUCCUAUUGCCUACUUACCAAAUGCCAAGCCACAAAACUACUUCAACCAAUCACUCUGCGUGCCAUCCUUUGAUCUAGCAAGAACUACACUGAAAGUUAAGGAAAUUGUGGAUCAAGAGCUGUGUCCGUUCUUCUACACUCCUACAAUCUCUGUGCUGGGAAGAUGCGUACCUGAUGUUACCGCUCUGAAAAAUAUUCCUAAUGACUUUGCCAAUACGUGGGGCUUGCCAUCAAGCAUCAAUGAUACAGUCAAUGGCAUCAGGAACGCAAAAGGUGACAUAGUAAACAGCUUCAAAGCCAAGGAGAUUGGAGUGAGAAUCUUUGAGGACUUUGCGUCGUCAUGGCAGUGGAUCAUCGCUGCACUGGUCAUAGCCAUGGUGGUCAGCUUUCUGUUCCUCCUUCUGUUGCGGUUUAUCGCCCCUGUUAUGGUCUGGGUCCUUAUAUUUGGAGUGUUGGCAGUAGGUGCCUAUGGCAUAUAUCACUGCUGGUGGGAGUACGACAACUACAGAAAGUCGACUGUCUCCAUCACUGACAUAGGCUUCACCACCGACUUCAAGGUCUAUCUUCAGGUCAAGGAGACCUGGCUGGCCUUCUUGAUAAUCCUGUCUGUGGUAGAAGGCAUUCUUCUCCUGACCUUGAUCUUUCUGCGGACCAGAAUCCUCAUCGCCAUCGCUCUCAUCCAGGAGUCCAGCAAGGCUGUCAGUCACAUGAUGUCUACGCUGUUCUACCCUCUCAUCACAUUUGUUCUCCUGGUGGUGUGUGUGGCCUAUUGGGGCAUCACUGCUCUGUAUCUGGCCACUUCAGGUAUUCCAGUGUACAAAGUGGUGGCUCUCAACUCUACUCAGGAUAACUGUGGCCAAAUCAGCAGCAAUGAGACCUGUGACCCACAGACAUUCUACAACUCUACAGACUACUUGUGGUGCCGAUCGGCGCGCUGCAUCUUCAUCAAGUACAACAACGAGGGCCUGCUGCAGAGGAACCUGUUCAACCUGCAGAUCUAUAACGGGGUGGCCUUCCUGUGGUGCGUCAACUUUGUCAUCGCCAUGGGCCAGUGCAGCCUGGCCGGGGCCUUCGCCUCCUACUACUGGGCCUUAAACAAGCCCUCGGACAUCCCCACCUUCCCCCUGUCCCAGGCCUUCAUCCGCACAAUACGAUACCAUGUUGGCUCCCUGGCGUUUGGUGCUCUGAUCCUCACCCUCAUCCAGAUAAUCCGGAUCAUCCUGGAGUACCUGGACCACAAGACCAGAGCGGCUCAAAACCCCUGUUCUCGGUUCCUCAUGUGCUGUCUGAAGUGUUGCUUCUGGUGUCUGGAGAAGUUCAUCAAGUUCCUCAAUAGAAACGCCUACAUCAUGAUUGCCGUAUAUGGAAAAAACUUCUGUGUCUCCGCUAAAAACGCAUUCAUGCUUCUAAUGAGGAACAUUGUCAGGGUGGUGGUGCUAGAUAAAGUGACGGACCUGCUGCUGUUCUUUGGGAAGAUGCUAGUGGUGGGAGGAGUAGGUGUCCUGGCCUUCUUUUUCUUCUCUGGCAGAAUAAGACUACCAAGCAGCAAUUUCCGUACUGAAACGCUCAACUAUUACUGGAUGCCCAUUAUUGUGGUUGUGGUGGGAGCAUACCUCAUUGCUCAUGGAUUCUUCAGUGUGUACAGCAUGUGUGUGGACACACUUUUCCUCUGCUUCUUGGAGGACUUGGAGCGACAUGACGGAACGAUGCAGAAGCCAUAUUACAUGUCCAAGAACCUGAUGACAAUCCUCAAUAAAAAGAACAGGGGACCUAAAAAUGGCAAAGGAAAGGAUUGAUGAAAUAGUGCCUUUUAGACGAAUUAGAACCACAGUUACUUUCAAUAUCCUAGAAACAUCACAACAUCCUAGAAAUAUGACCUUUUUUUCUUUCAGAUCUUUCAGCCUUCUCACUCUUUCUGUUUUCCCCCUUCUGACAUGUCAAAGUUGACCCAUAAUGGAUAACUUUUUUGCACUUUCAACUUGAGAUUACAUGUAUGUGUCCAGGCUUGAGUGUGAUUAGAUAUGAGAUAUUUUCUUAAAUUCGAGCUACUCCUCCUAACAAUUUUAAUUUACCAAAACUAGAGCUUUUUAUUACUCUAACCAAAACCAAAUGUUUAUUCUCUCCCAGUGCUUAUUUGUUUUCUGAAAAUAUACCUUUUUCUCAAGUGAGCAAAUUAUUUAUUAGAUACAGAAAUCGUCACCAUAACUGUUUUAAAUGAUCCUCAGUGCUCUGUAUAUUGUUUCAGUUUAAGGUCUCUUAGUUUAUUUGUUAAAGUAACACUCAGUUUUAUUAUGAUAUGUAAUAUUGUAGAUAUUUUUUUAAUUUUUUAUUGUGAUUUGGAUUAUCUAACACUUAUUACAAAAAAUUCCCAUGCUGACAUCACUCCUGUAUAUUGCCUUGCGCAGUGAUGGAUUGCUCUACAGGAAUACACCUCUGGUUUAUUUCACACAUCAGCUUGAAUCAGUGGUGCAUGUGACCUGAAAUGUUCUGAAAAUCUUGACACUUGCAGGCUGCAACCCCUUGUACAUGGGAGCUGAAGACAAAGCUCUCUUUAGCAGAACUAAUAGCAAGUCAGAGGUAUCUCAACGUGAUCUGAGCAUUUCCUAUUAUUCUGUACAUAAAUCCAAGACACUCCAUUUAGUAUGACAUGUUAUGUUUCGAAUGGUAUGUGUUUAUUUGUGGCUCGCUUACAUCCAAUUUAAUAUAUGUUGCAAAAUCUACAAUGUUAUGAAUUUGCAAAAUGUACAAUAUGUUACGAAUUCCAAUUUGUUGUUGCUAAUGUUAACGUCAGCUAUCUCUAGGGGAUAAGGUUAAGGUUAGGUUAAAGGGUUAGCUAACAUGCUAAAUAGUUGCAAAGUAGCAAGUAGUUGCUAAUUAGCUAAAAUGUUACUUGUCCGUGAUGAGAUUCGAACACGCAACCUUUGGUUUGCUAGACGUUCACGUUAUACGCCCACCCACCCUAUUUUCGUUUUUUCCUUAAGUAACCUUCUGUCUUAUGUAACCAUACUAAACGUAAUAUAUCAUACUAAUUUAAGUGUCCCGGAUGUAAGUUUACUAUAUUAUGUCUGGUCCCCUAUUUCUAUUCUUAUUAAGUAUGGACCCUGGAACAAAUCAAAUUCAGUCUAGAGUGAGCACAUCCAUCCAUUUGGCUGCACGCACUCAACACAACUACAGUACUUUCAGUUGUCAAGUAUCAAUGUUAAUUUACCACAUACUGUACUACCCAAUAUGUCAUAAUCUCACUACAUUCCUCAACCUCUUGUCUCCUGAGACCCAGAGAGGGAAUGCAUGUGGGAGUCUGCAGUCAUGUGUUGUGAUCAUUCAACAGUCCAGUACAAGAGCAAGUGCCUCUACUGUUGAGCCAAAUUCUAGUAGCAUUACAUUGCUGUAAUGCUACUAGAACAGUUGAGGGGGUAAACAACCUGUGCAACCAGUUCUGUUAAUCAUAUUACAAGCGUAGUUAGUAAUAGAUGGUAUACACCUGAUCCAGCUAAUUUAGGUUACAAUGAAGCGGAGUAAUUAUUUUAUUCUUGACAUGGAUCUAGUGUGUUCUUUGUGGUUGAAUGAAUCCCAUCUGCCUCACCCAUUGCCUUUCACAAUUCAGCAUAUUUGGACAUUUCAUAAACUGAGACAACACCGGCCACAUUAAAUGUAUUCAACAACUAUUUAUUCAGACAGCAGGAAAACAAUUUCCAAAGCUCUGACGAAUUUGGUUUUGCACAAUGUCUCACUGUUGUCUUGCACAAGACUCAAUACAAAUGUAAUUUCCAUUUUUUUUUUGUCAAAAUAAACUAAUAGAAAUGCUUAA